AAUGUUAUCUGUUGACUAUAUAGAUUACAUGUAAGGGAAUUGUUAUAUUGUAAUUUACUCAUGCGAUAGGAUGUAACUAGUUUAUGUUGCUGUCAGUUUUAAAGUUGUACGGAAUCAAGGAAGUUAUGGAAGAUAACACUACUUGUCACAUUGAUUUCUUGCAAAUUAAGGUAGAAUAUCCAUGUAAAUUAAAGACAUAUAUCUAAACUAUGGCAACCAAACAUGUAAGAUUUGAAGAUCCUAGUACAAAUGUAACAAUGUCAACAGAUGUUCAAUUAGCCCCACAUGUACAGGACAUAUCGGAUCAAGAUCAGGAUAAGUUAAAAACGACAAAUACAGAAUGUCUCAUGCAUCUUCUCAAGGGAAUGUUAGGAACGGGCAUUCUAGCAAUGCCCGUAGCUUUCAAAAAUGGAGGUAUUUGGCUGAGUAUUACCGUGGUACUGGUUAUAGGCUUCAUUUGUACACAUUGUAUGCAUCUCCUUGUUCUAUCUGGGAAUAAAUUGUCUGACAGUAUUAAAAGCAACAAAAAGCAAGUGGACUACGCGAGUGUUAUGGAGGCUGCAAUACUCGUAAAAUAUGAAAAAUGGGGAAAUUUUGCCAGGAACAUGGUCAACAUGUUUUUGAUCAUCACGCAGAUUGGAUUCUGCUGUGUAUAUGCUGUGUUUGUAGCCGAAAAUGUGAAACAGGUAGUGGAACACGCUGGCCUCGUUUCAUUGGACAUUAAGAUUUAUAUCGUGAUGGUAUCGGCUCUCCUUUCACCUUAUGUUAUGAUUAAAAGUCUGAAAGCACUUGUGCCAUUUUCAUCAUUCGCAAAUGUGCUCAAUUUUCUUGGACUAACAUUGGUAAUCGUGAAUUUGCUUCAAGGACUUCCGGGGACAACAAGUAUCAGACCAUCAGUUGCAAGCUUUGGAACGAUGCCGCUCUUCUUUGGACAAGCUAUUUUCUCUUUUGAAGGAAUAGGUUUGAUUCUCCCUCUACAUGGACAGAUGAGAGACCAGUCUGCUUUUCUGGGUAAAGCAGGGGUGUUAAAUCUGGGUCUGACAAUAACAAUUUCACUGUAUUGUGCAGUGGGUUUCUAUGGUUACCUUAAAUUUGGAGAUGAUACUAGAGGUAGUGUCACUUUAAACUUACCAAACGAUCAAUGGUUAUAUUUAUCAGUGAAGCUGAUGUUUGCUGUAGCUAUAUUCAUAUCGUAUGGCCUCAUGUUAUAUGUACCAGUACAUAUCAUUUGGCCAUUUAUAAAAAAUAAAUGGUAUUUUAUACCUGACAAAGUGGAGUACGUUCUUCGUUUUGCGUUUGUUCUUAUGAUUUGUGGACUAUCAGCUCUUGUACCUCAUCUAGAUCUUCUGAUAUCGUUGAUUGGAGCGUUUGCAAGCUCGUUUUUGGCGCUCAUUCUACCGGCAACAAUACAUCUAGUCACAUUUAAACUGAAUAAACUCGCCAUUAUCAAAGAUGUCAUAAUUAUAUUACUGGGACUUGUAGGGUUUGUUACGGGAACAUACACGUCACUUGCAGCAAUAGCAAAAACAUUCUAAUAUAUGCUGACUUUGUUAUUUUAAUGAAAUAUGUGUGAUGCGUGAAAUCGUAACUGAUAUUAAAGUUAUAUUCUUUGUGCUGUUUGUAUUAAACGAAGGUAAAUGAACUUAUGUUCAAUUCCUUAUUCUUUAACUGAUAUUCUGUUCUG